AUGGCGACUACUAUAUCCCAGGACCCUCCCGCUCGAGAAUUGUCAACUCCGCAACAGGAGGAGCUUAAUGCGGAAGACUCCAAAGCCAGCCAACCUCAAAGCCGCAUACCCAUAAGAACCUACCACUGCAGAUUCUGCAACCAUCUUCUUAUUGCAUCGACACAGGAUCUGUCUACGCUUCCUCGAAGACGAGCUCCAGCUUUAGACAAUGCGAUAAUACUCCCUCUACCGAAGAAGUCAGCCGACGCAGAGGAAGAGGAUGACGACGAGGAGGAAGAAGAAGAAGAAGAAGAGGAAGAGGAAGAGGAGGACGAUGGAGAAAGCAAGGAAAAAGACUUGGGAGAGACAGAGAUAUCACAACAGAUGGAAUCAGCUACGUUGAAACCGGGCUCAAGGAAAGGGAAAUCCUCUGCGCCCUCAUCUUCGUCGCAACAUUACACAAUCCUGCUAUCGACGACUACACCGGAUAGAAAACCGAUUAUUCUACGGAGAGCAGACGGGUUUGAGAAACGGUUACUGGUUCGGUGCGGCCGGUGUAAAGUUGUGCUCGGGUAUGUUUUGGACGAGGUUCACUUUAAGAAAGGCGAAGAGAACAAGGCUGGCGCCGCUGCAGCGACGUUAGAAGGGGAAGAAGGCAACGUUUCUGGCACGGGGGAACCGGAGGUUAUCUAUAUCCUUCCAGGCUCACUGGUUGAGACAGAGGAGCUGAGCAGUGAGAUUAAGCUUGAGAAGGAAUCCUGGGCAGAGUGGGAGUCUCUUGCAAAGAAAGCGAGUAAAUGA